AUGUUUUCUCUUGCCCCAAGAACCUCUUUGCCUCGCUUUUCUGUCAGAUUUCUAGCUCAAUCCUUUUCCAAAAAUCAAAAGUUGCUCAAUGUUCGCAAUUACUCCUUGUCGAGAAGCUCGCAGGAAUUGAUAUCCCAAGAUGUCGAACAAGUUGAUCCUGAAAUGUACCAGAUCUUGCAAAAUGAGAAACAAAGACAAAAAAAUUCCAUAACAUUAAUUCCUUCCGAAAAUUUCACUUCAAAGGCUGUUAUGGACUUAUUAGGUUCUCCCAUGCAAAACAAAUACUCGGAAGGUUAUCCAGGCGAAAGGUAUUAUGGUGGUAAUCAAUUCAUUGAUGAUGCCGAAUCCUUAUGUCAAAAGAGAGCUCUUGAAGCAUUCGAUUUGAAUCCAGAAGAAUGGGGUGUUAAUGUCCAAUCUCUUUCUGGUGCUCCAGCUAACUUGUACGCUUACUCUGCUAUCUUAAAUGUUGGUGAUCGAUUGAUGGGUUUAGAUUUGCCCCAUGGUGGCCACUUGUCCCAUGGUUAUCAAACUCCCACAACCAAGAUAUCUUUUAUUUCAAAAUAUUUCCAAACAAUGCCUUAUAGAUUGAACGAAAAAACCGGUAUUAUCGAUUAUGACACAUUAGAGAAAACUGCUUUGUUAUUUAGACCCAAAAUCAUUGUUGCUGGUGCCUCAGCUUAUUCAAGAAUAAUUGACUAUAAAAGAGUAAAAGAAAUUGCUAAAAAGAUUGACGCCUACGUCUUAUCCGACAUGGCUCAUAUUUCUGGUUUAGUCUCUGCUAAAGUCACUGAUUCUCCAUUUCCUUACUCUGAUAUUGUAACAACAACCACUCAUAAAUCCUUAAGAGGCCCAAGAGGUGCAAUGAUUUUCUUUAGAAAAGGUAUCAGAAAGACAACUAAAAAGGGCAAAGAGAUUCCUUAUGAUUUAGAGAAAAAAAUAAAUUUCUCUGUUUUCCCUGGUCAUCAAGGUGGUCCACACAACCAUACCAUUUCUGCUUUGGCUGUUGCUUUAAAACAAACACAACAUCCUGAAUAUAAAGAAUAUCAGCAAAAAAUCAUUAAUAACGCUAAGGUAUUUGCCAAUGCUCUUAUUGAAAAGGGCUUUGAUUUAGUGUCUGGUGGUACUGAUACCCAUUUAAUUUUAAUUGAUUUAAGAUCCAAGAAAAUUGAUGGGGCAAGGUUAGAAGCUGUUUUAGAAAGAAUCAACAUUGCUGCCAAUAAAAACACAAUUCCAAGUGAUAAAUCAGCCUUAUUUCCAAAUGGUCUAAGAGUCGGUACUCCUGCUAUGACCACUAGAGGUUUUGAAGAAAAUGAAUUCUUAAAAGUCACUGAUUUCAUCAACAAAGCUGUUGAAUUAGCCAUUGAAAUUAAAAAUAAUGUCACUGGCGAUUCUCCAAAGAGUUUAUUAGCCAAUUUCAAGAUUGCUGCUGAUGAAAAUGAUAAAGUCAAACAAUUAGGGAAAGAAGUCAGCGAUUGGGUUAGUCAAUAUCCUGUUCCAGGAGAACUAUAA